AUGAUUUCUAUCAAGGUCAUAGCAGGAGUUUUGAUAGCUCUUGUCGUUAUUUCGAAUGGACAAUUUUUAACACCAGAUCAAUUACGAGACCAACAGGAGUUGAGUCAUGGAGCUCGAACACAUUACGACUUAACUGGAGGUCGACGAACUGAUAUGUUCCAUCGUGUCAAUCCCGAUUAUUUACUUCGAGGAUUUUUUCCAUUUUGGUCAAUCGUAUUGAUUGUUUUUGCACUUAUAUUUCUAACAGUAGGUAUUGUUGGAUUUAUCGGUUAUUUAUUAGGAUGUCGUCGACCAACUGCUGAAGAAAUUAUGGCAAAAGAAUUGCAACUUAUAAGAUCAGAUGAUGAAGCUUUACUCGGUGGUAAUGAUUUUACAAAUAUAAAUGGUAUAAGAAUUUCAACCAAUGAUUAUACGCAUACUGAUGAAGAUUUUCAUUACAAAUCAUCGCCACUAGCCGAACGAAUACGCAUUGGGCAGAUCAGUGAAGAUAUGGUGUAA